CACUCUUUUCACAACUUAUAAUUACUUUGAGAAGAAGAAACUAUGGGUCUCAAAGGUAAGUUGAUUGGUUCAAUAGAGGUAAAAUGUGGAGGACAUUCGAUUCAUGAUAUUAUUCAUACCAAUCCUCAUCAUAUACCCAACAUAGCUCCCAAUGUGCUCAAUCAUUUUGAGAUUCAUGAAGGUGAAACUAUAAAGGUUGGUUCGAUUGUUAGCUGGAAAUUUAACCACGGUGGAAAUGAAAUACUUUUUAAAGAUGUGGUUGAAUCCGUCGACCUUGAAAAGAAAUCGAUCACUUGGAAAGUAAUUGGAGGAAAUAUGUUAGAGUUGUAUAAUUCUUUCACUAUUAUCACAUCCAGUGAACACCAGUGGACGACAGUCACACUUCUAUACGAGAAGAAAACUGAAGAUACCCCAGAGCCCCUCACUCACUUGGGUGUUCUCCUUAAUGGCCUCAAAGAUAUUGAAAGCCACCUUCUCAAGAAAUAGAAAAUCUAUAAUGUUCAAUGGUUCUAAUACAUAAUGUAUGUGUGUGUGUUUGUAAUUCGGUGAUGAAUAUUGGCUAAUUUUAGCCAGCAUGUGAAAUAAAUAAUGUCAGAUUUG